AUGGAGUCCAACAGAAAGCGCCGAGGAUUCCUCAAGGCGAAGCUGACCCCGUUGUACCGAGCAGCGAAGCCUGGUUCGGCCACGAGUGUGAUGCCGAACCAGGCUUCCGCCACGAUGACGGCUCCAUUCAGCCUUUGGAUUCACCGGGACUACAACGUUUCGCAACCGAAGCAGGUUUCGUUUUUCGUACCUGCCGAUAAGAAGAGAGAGAAUUUGAGCCAAAUCGACACCUUCUUUGGGGUUGCCGGUGAUGAAGCUGUUGACAUCAAAGCUGCAACUUACAUUUCGUCGGUUCAAGAACGGUUCAAGCAUGAACGGAACAACUCUGAACAAGUUAUGCUUCAAGAGACUCACUAG